AUGAUCAUCACACGCCUCAUCUCGCUCACCAACUUCGCCGUCGCCUCGUCCGCGCUCGGCUUCCAAGUCUUUGUCCUCUACCCGUGGCACAACCAGCUGGACCAGUCUUUCGAGGAGCUCAAGAAGGAACAUCUCAGGGUUCUGGAGGCGGUGAGGGAGGUCGCGAAGGAGGUGGACCCCAAUUCGCGCAAAGGCACGGCCGACUCUAUCCUGGGCCGCCUGGGGAUGAGCGCUUUUAGCAUCAGAAGUCUUCUUUCGUCUAGAGAACCCCUCUCCCCAAGUGUCUUGGACAACAGUAAUGUUGUGAAAUAUGCCGCGGACGGCAUCCCCCCUGUUCCUCCCGUGUCGGGCAUGCGGAUAUCGGACUUGGCGAGAUACGCCGUCUCGGGAGCCAUCUGCUGUUCCUUCACCCAUGCCAUACUAACCCCCGUCGACGUUGUCAAAACCCGCGUGCAGCUCGAGCCUGCAAAAUAUAACCGAGGUUUAGCCGGCGGCAUGCGUCAAAUAGUCGCCAGCGAUCGUCCAGCUGCCCUGCUCACGGGGCUUGGCCCGACCGUCACGGGAUACUUCCUGCAGGGCGCCUUCAAAUUCGGCGGGUACGAGUUCUUCAAGAGGCAGGCCAACGACUGGCUGGGACCCGAAAAGGCGGCAGCCAAUCGCAACGCCGUCUACCUCGCUUCUUCCGCCGCUGCCGAGUUCCUUGGCGACAUCCUGCUCUGUCCCUUCGAAGCUGCGCGCAUCAGGCUCGUGUCGCAACCGUCAUUUGCUCCCGGCAUGGCGACGGCCCUGGCGAAGAUGGCGAGGCACGAGGGCAUGGCGGGUCUGUACUCGGGCUUUACACCGAUCGUGCUGAAACAGGUCCCGUAUACGAUGGCGACAUUCGUAGUGUACGAGAAGGCGAUUGAGGCGGCAUACACGUGGGUCGACAAGGAGAAGGCGUCGAGCGCGACACUCUCGGGCGUGAAUCUCGGCUGUGGCCUGAUUGCCGGCAUGGCGGCGGCCAUCGUUUCGCAGCCGGCGGAUACGGUGUUGAGCAAGAUCAACAAGGAGAAGGGCCGCCCCGGCGAAGGGACCGCACGCCGCAUCUUCAACAUCGUGAGCCAGCUCGGGCUGCGCGGGAGCUACGCCGGCAUCGGGCCGCGACUCGUCAUGGUCGGCGGAAUGACGGCUGUCCAGUUCGGAAUUUACGGCCACAUUCAGAGGGCCCUCGGCGCGACCAGCGACGCCCCUAAAACGACGGCGAUCAGCGAAGCGCACAAAGUGGCGAAGGUGCUCAAAGUCAAGAGCGAGAACAUAGAUCUCGGGAAUCUGUUGCCGACAUCGAAAUACUAG